AUGAGUAACCCCUCGAUGCAGGUGACGCCCCCGGGCACGAACUCCCAGCAGCCGCGGGGCGCCAACAAGAACAACGCCGUGUUGGAGCUGACGGAGGACCAGCAGCAGGAGAUCAAGGAGGCCUUCGACCUCUUCGACACCGACGGCAGCGGCACCAUCGACGCGAAAGAGCUGAAAGUCGCCAUGCGGGCGCUUGGCUUUGAGCCCCGCAAGGAUGAAGUGCGCCACCUGCUGAUGUCCAUCACCGAUGAGCGCGGGGCGUCGGGGGCCGACGCCCCCGCCGGCACCGGUGCCGGUGGCGAGCCGCUGUCGAUCUGCUUUGCGGAGUUCAUGGAGCUCAUGGCCCGCAAGAUGACGGAGCGCGACUCGCGCGAGGAGAUGCUGAAGGCGUUUCACCUCUUCGACAGCGACAAGACGGGGAAGAUCUCGUUUAAGAACCUGAAGCGGGUGGCGCAGGAGCUCGGCGAGAACAUGACAGAUGCAGAGCUGCAGGAGAUGAUAGAUGAGGCCGACCGCGACGGUGACGGGGAGGUGAGCGAGGACGAAUUUCUCCGCGUGAUGAAGAAGACAUCGCUCUACUGA